AUGAUCCCGGCUACGCUUAGCUUACAUACACUCUUGCUAUAUCUCACAAUUACCUUCCACACUAUAAACAUUCUUAUACUUACAUUUAGGCCACUUUUGGACAUAUUGCAGAGGUAUGCCUUGAUAAGCCAUCUUCUGUUGGCUUGUGCGAUAGGUCAUACCUCAACAGUAGCUUCUGGAUUUUAUGACUUCGUGACCACAUUUUUAGCAAACAAGACAUGUGUUGCGAUUUUUUACAACUAUGCUUUCAUGCUCUUUAUUUUUGGAUGCAAAGUACCGGUACUUAUAUUUAUGGGUCAGCUAUCUCAGCUAGAAGCUGAGACACUGGUGGAAAGUGCAAGGAAUUACCUUAUGGAUGCUAUAUUAUUCCUUGUACUAUCUAAACCACGCUUGAACGGAAAGGAAGUUAUUAUGAGCGAGUUAGUCAAAGUAUUAACGUUUUUAGUGGCAUUAAAAUGCUUUCACAUUAUGUUGUAUACCAGGCUUUCACAUGUAAGUUUAUACUUUAUUCACCAUGAUGUUCAGAUGUUCCAAGUUGACAUGCCGGGAUUUUUUAAACUAUUUCGUAUAAGUUCACUGAUCUAUGUUUUGUCAAUUCUCAAUUGUUGUCUCUUGAAUUUUUUCUGGAAGGGACUAAAUAGGAGGAAUACGUUUACAAUUUGGAUUUUAUUCGAGAUAUUUGGAAUGUUAUCCAGUCUCCUAUUUUGUGUGUUGAAACUUGUGGUAAACAUAUUUGACAUGUAUUCUGACUCAGGGCUUGUAAACAAAGUCACGUUGCUAUUUUACGUGGAACUUGCUCAGGAUAUUGUGAGUCUUUUAUCCUUUUUGGUAUUCAUGGUUGUAUUCUUUUUAAACAACCCGGUUAAUGUUCCGGUCUAUAUGCUAAUAGACAUCAUCCAUGUGGCAAAAAAUCUCUCUGUCAGACUAAAGAUGCUUCUCCACUACAAAAGGCUCUCCAAAAUUCUAACAACGAGAUUCCCAGCCGCUACAAAAGAUGAGGUCGAAAGGGAGAUCAACUGUAUUAUUUGCAGAGAUUUCCUGGAUGAAACUUGCAGAAGGAUUGAUUGUGGUCAUAUCUUCCAUCUCAAUUGUCUAAAAUCUUGGCUUUUCCAGCACUCUUCAUGUCCCAGCUGUAGAAGCCCAAUUGAUAAUACCGACACAGGCAGCUACUUUAGUUUCCAUGCCUAUUUGGUUAAAUUUGAAAGAAAAUGCAUAUCAUUUGCCAAAAAAUGUUUUAAUGUCUUUGUUAGAGAUAGGGAGCCGAGGGUUUGCAAAUUGGCCGUUGAAAAAAAUAUGAAGGAGAUCAAGAAUGAAAUUAUGCAAGGGUAUUCAAUAAUGUGCAGAGUUUGUAUAGAUUAUAUCAAUUCUGGCGAAAUGGACCCGGAAAGUGUACACUCUGACAUUCUCUGGAUACGCAACAAUUUGAGGGGAAUAAUGAAUUCUCUGACAGCUACCAGCGAGUCGUACGCUCGCCUAUUACAAGACUCACAGCAGAGCACACUUUUAAACUCACUAGAAUCUCGCAUGGCAGCGUUGCAAGAUGAGAAUUUAGCACCUUUAUUAAGUACGAUAAAUUUAAUCUUACGAGAUGUUCGACGUAAUUCUCGUUCUGAAAGGAUGAAUAGGACGGCACCUAACGAUAGACAGAAUGUAGAACCAGAGCAAGAAAUGGAAGCCUCUCUAGAGGAAACAGUGGUGGCAACUGUGGAACAGUCAGUGGCACCUGGGGAUAUCGCAAGCGAGUCAAAAAAUGACAAUGCAGAUGAAAAAGCUCCAGAUGCCACCGUACGAGAGAAGAAAGCACACUCUAUGAACUUGUGGCUCCCAAAAUGGCUCUUUAGCGAUUCAUUGUUCUAUGAGGAUAAACAGAGUGAACAAGCAUCCGGAGAAAAUGAAGAUGGGAACCUCGAUAACCCUGUUGACUCUACUUCUGAAUUUCCAAAUGGCGAAUCCAGCACAACAGUGACCAAAGAUGAUGACGAACAUUUGGAAGAAUCCACAAAUGAUGACAAUCCAGGAUCCAAAGAAAGCGAACCAGAGUGCAUAGGGCCGAUAGGGAAUCCAGACUGUUUCUCAGAGGACAUCAAGCUGAUAGACAAAUACACACUGCGACUAAAUGCUCUAGUGUCUCACCUACUGCCGUGCACUGGAUGUUUUGGCAGAAGGUUCACCGAAAGGGAAAUUGUAGAGGAGAUGAGGGAAAUUUACCAAAGCAUGAGCGUCGUAUGGCUCAUUGCAGUUGCAUCGCUUCUACAAGUCACAAGCAAAGGUGUGAAGGGAGUUGUCAUGAGACACUUGGAAAGGAGUACACAGGAAAUUGAAGAUUUUAUGGAGGAGGAAGAGAGGACUUUGGACUCUGAGGAGCUGCUAGAACUUCUUUGCGGGGAAGAUUCCAAGGCUCUAUUGAAGAAUUUACACGAGGAAUUCCAAGCAAGAAGCAUAUUAUACAUCAAACUGAUCACAAGCUUGAAAAAAUCGCAACUCUCUCAAAGAUUCGACCUUUCGCAGGCGCUACUGCUCAGCAUGGCGCUCUCUGACAAGGUACAGGCACAUUUAUUCGACAGGAUACAGACACAUUUUUAA